GUCGGACAAAAGUAAUACGAAGAAUUCCUUGGAAGAUGAGCGAGAUCAAGAGGCUUGUAAUAGUGAAACCAAGCAAUCUCUAAUAAGUGUUACUCAUAAACUAAAAACAGAAGCACUUCGUAGAUUUAAACUAAAAGAAAGAAAUUCUGAUGUUGAACCAAAUGAGACUUUGGUCGAUUUCAAAGAACAAUCAAAGUCCAAAAAUUUUGAUGUCGACAUAAAAUUGGAUGAAUUGAAAAGUGAAGUUAUAGAGCAAAAAAAUGAACAAGAAGGCUCUACCAUCAAUUAUCCAGUUGAGGAAAAUUCUUCCGGGGAAUUUGAUCUAAGCGCCAUCAUUCCAUCCCAACUUGAAAUGGAUGAUGCAAAUGAGGCAAGUCCAUCCACAUCUCAAGGAUUGGGAGAUGCUAAAGACACAAAUCCAUCUCAAAUUGAUGGAGUUGAUGAUAUGAAAGACACAAAUCCAUCUCAACCUGCUGAAGUUCAUGAUAUGAAAGACACAAAUCCAUCUCAACCUGCAGAAGUUGGUGAUAUGAAAGACACGAAUCCAUCUCAACCUGCAGAAGUUGGUGAUAUGAAAGACAUGAAUCCAUCUCAACCUGCAGAAGCUGGUGAUAUGAAAGACACAAAUCCAUCUCAACCUGCAGAAGUUGGUGAUAUGAAAGGCACGAAUCCACCUCAACCUGCAGAAGUUGGUGAUAUGAAAGACACAAAUCCAUCUCAAAUUGAUGGAGUUGACGAUAUGAAAGACACGAAUCCAUCUCAACCUGCAGAAGUUGGUGAUAUGAAAGACACAAAUCAAUCUCAAAUUGAUGGAGUUGAUGAUAUGAAAGACACGAAUCCAUCUCAAAUUGAUGGAGUUGAUGAUAUGAAAGACACGAAUCCAUCUCAAAUUGAUGGAGUUGAUGAUAUGAAAGACACAAAUCCAUCUCAACCUGCAGAAGUUGGUGAUAUGAAAGACACAAAUCCAUCUCAACCUGCAGAAGUUGGUGAUAUGAAAGACACAAAUCCAUCUCAACCUGUUGAAGUUGAUGAUAUGAAAGACACAAAUCCAUCUCAACUUUCUGAAGCUGGUGAUAUGAAAGACACGAAUCCAUCUCAAAUUGAUGGAGUUGAUGAUAUGAAAGACACAAAUCCAUCUCAACUUGCUGAAGCUGGUGAUAUGAAAGACACGAAUCCAUCUCAAAUUGAUGGAGUUGAUGAUAUGAAAGACACAAAUCCAUCUCAACUUGCUGAAGCUGGUGAUAUGAAAGACACAAAUCCAUCUCAACCUGCAGAAGUUGGUGAUAUGAAAGACACAAAUCCAUCUCAACCUGCAGAAGUUGGUGAUAUGAAAGACACAAAUCCAUCUCAACCUGCUAAAGUUGGUGAUAUGAAAGACACGAAUCCAUCUCAACCUGCAGAAGUUGGUGAUAUGAAAGACACAAAUCCAUCUCAACCUGCUGAAGCUGGUGAUAUGAAAGACACAAAUCCAUCUCAACCUGCAGAAGUUGGUGAUAUGAAAGACACAAAUCCAUCUCAACCUGCAGAAGUUGGUGAUAUGAAAGACACAAAUCCAUCUCAACCUGCAGAAGUUGGUGAUAUGAAAGACACAAAUCUACCUCAACUUGAUACAGUGGAUGAUGAGAACAAGACAAUAACACAAGAAAAUGUUAAAGAAAUUGUUGAUGAACCAAACAAAGUUAUUGAAGAUGGAUCCAAGCCCGUGGAAAAUAUUUGUGAUGAUAAUGAAGAACAAAGCUUGAAUUAUUUAACAGAUGAUUUCUAUUAUGAAAGAUCAUUAUCACUAUUUAAUCCUUUGAAGACGGAUGAUAUUCCACAAGAUCUUCUUACAUUACAUCAUUCAUUUGGUUUUGAAUGUACAAAGAGAGAGAAUCUACACAUUUUGGACCAAAACACUGUGGUAUUUUCAGUGGGGAACUUAGUCCAGAUACUAAAUCUCUACUCAAUGGAACAAAAUUAUAUUGGUGGCACUAAUUUUGGUGGUAUUGGUGCAAUUACAGUGCAUCCCAGUCGUAAAUAUUUUGCUGUUGCUGAAAAGGGAGAGAUGCCAAAUAUAAAUAUAUAUGAAUAUCCUUCUUUAAAGUUAUAUCGUGUUUUGAAAGAAGGAACCUUACAGUCUUACGCUCAUCUCAAUUUUUCUUCAAACGGAACAAAAUUGGCCUCGCUUGGAUGUUCACCAGAUUUUAUGUUAACUGUGUGGGAUUGGAAAAAUGAGAAAGUCAUCCUAAGAUCAAAGGCAUUCUCACAAGAUGUCUAUAAAGUUGCGUUCUCUCCCGAAAAUGAAGGACAUUUGUGUACAAGUGGGAAUGGACAUAUCAGAUUUUGGACUAUGGCAAAUACAUUUACUGGACUUAAAUUGCAAGGUGAAUUGGGAAGGUUUGGUACAACUGAACUUACUGAUAUUGAAGGAUUUGUUGCGCUACCAGAUGGUAAAGUACUUUCUGGUUCAGAAUGGGGAAACAUGUUAUUGUGGGAUGGUGGAUUGAUUAAAGUUGAAAUAUGUAAGAAAGGGAAUAAAUUUUGUCAUAAUGGAAUGAUUGAACAAUUUUUUAUGGAUGAAGGAGAAUUAAUGACGAUUGGAACAGAUGGAUUCGUAAAGGUGUGGGAUUUUGAAGCUGUUGAUAGUGCCGAUAUAACAGACGAAAAAAACCUUAUGUUUGAAAUGGAUCCAAUGUAUGAACUCAAAGUAGGACCAGAUGUAAAUUUAAAAUCGAUGGUGAAGUCGGUUAAUCCAAAUACACCAACAGUAUGGUAUGGACAGGAUGCAUCUGGGGCAAUUUGGAUUGAUCUAUCUUUUACGCACACGAGUCAUGCGCCUGAAAAACUUUUCUCUUAUCAUUCUGGUAGUGUCACAGGCGUUGAUGCAUCACCCAUCAAUCACAUGGUUGCCACAUGUGGUUCAGAUUGCACUGUUCGUCUCUACGAUUACGUUGCAAAAACAAAUCUGUGUUGUUCAAAAUAUUCCCGUCCUGCAACAACUCUUAUAUGGCUUCCUAAAGAAGUCGAUGCAAAAUGUUCAUCGUUACUUUGUGGUUUUUCUGAUGGUGUCGUACGUUAUUUAUCUGUAACAAAAGAUGAAAGCUCGUCAUCGCAAAAUGAAAACUCCAAUCUCAACUUUCAACUUCUUCAAGUGUUUAAACCUCACACAAAGAAUGUCACCUGCAUUGUCGUCGACAAACAUGGAAAGUUGAUAACAACUGGAAGUGAAGAUAGUACUGUGUUUUUCUUUAUGAUUGGCGAUAACAGUUGUCAACCUGUUGCUUUUAUUGAAACUGCUUCCCCCGUUGUUUCUAUGUCGUGGAUGGAUAAUAUCAAGGAUUCUGGGGGGUUGUUGGUAUUUUGUAAAGAUGGUACAGUUUUUGAUGUAGAAGCUCCACGAGUAGAUAAUAUUGACACGUCAAAGACAUUUCGAAUUCCUUGUCAAAGUUUGGUGAAACGACAUUAUAUGUUUUCAAGGAUCAAAGAAAAACUUCUGAAAGCAGAAGACGAUAAACGUAAAGCUGAUAUAAAAGCAGAAAAAGAGAAACAAAAAGAAGAGGAACGAAAGAGGCGUCGGGCUCGUGGUAUUGAAGAAGAUGAAGAGGAAAGUGAGGAUGAUGAAAAAGAAGAAGAAGAAGAAAUGGUAGCCGAUGAAGAACAGGAGGAACAUGGACCUCCUUGCACUUUGCAUGGUUUCCCUUCUGUAAACACUGACAGAUUUUGGAUGCUUAUGGAUGGUUGGGAUGCUAACUACAUCUACGAGUGUGAAUUUCCUCCCAAUACUAAGACUGAAGAGACAUUGGAAGCUACAGAACCAAUCAAUGCUAUUAAAUUACUGGAAUGUGAUAGUUCUAUACGAUCAUUUACAUACAGUCAUUCUGGAGCGUUUGUGUUGUUUGGUAUGGACAAUGGAGCUGUCAGGAUCCAUCCUGCUCAUGGUAAAAAUGUUCUGGAUUCACUCAACACAUAUUGGAUACUUCAUGUACAUAACAGUCAACAUGGUGCUAUAAACGCUAUACGAACAAGUUUUGAUGAUAAAUAUGUCUUCACAGUUGGCGAGGAUGGAAAUUUUUUUGUUUAUAACUUUAUGAGUGACGCAACAUUGAAAGAAUCAAAACCUAUGCAACCAAUCGCAGUGCCUAAAAUGCAGACUGUUCUGAGUGAAGAUGGAAUUGAGGUUCCAAAGACCAUUGAUGACAUUAGUGAUCCUAAUCAUUAUAGUAUUGAACUUGAAAAGCAAAAAGCAGAGCAUGACAGAAAGAUUAAAAUAGCUGAAGAGAAAAAACAGAAUGUUCGCCGUGGCAUUGCAAUAUUAAGACGAUCAUUUAAGUCGUUACUUCUAAAAAAUAAAAGUCUUCCAGAUUAUCUUCGUAUUAAACCAAUGGAACUUGAAAUUGAUCCAGAAAUACGUAAACAAGAAGAAAUUGCAGCGGCUGAGAAGAUUGAAGUUGUCAGGAAAGAGUUAUCAUGGGAGGUCGAAAAACAUAACAUUGGACUGCGGAAACUUAAAGAUAGGUUCAAAAGCAUGAUGGAAUGCGAGCGUAUUAUAUUGUAUGCUUGUCAGACUCCAUACAAAGUCUCGAGUUUUCGUUCAGCAAAAUUACCUGAAAUUUAUGAAUACUUAAAACGAACGCUUGAGGAAGCAACUCAAGAAGGAUUGCCUGCAGCGAAUGUAAAGAAAAUCAGUGUUAAUAAAGGAACAACGCCAUUUGCUAAACGGCGUUCAACUCAAACAGAUGCAAGAAGCAAAAGUCUGCAACAUGCUGAAGUUGUUGCAACUGUUACCCCUCAAACUGCGGGAACUGCAGCUCAGGUGGGAGGAAAAGUUGCGAAGGCGUUAGAGAAAGCUGAACUUAGACGAAUGAAGCGAAAGUUAAGACAAGCUGAGUGGGAUACACUGUACAAAAAUAAACCCGAUGAGAAUUAUCAAGAUCCUAAAGAUGUCAAUGCAAUCAAUGAAGCUAAAGAUAAUAUUGGCGAUUAUAAACUGAAAACUGCAGAUGAUUAUGUAGUGCCUGAAGACCAACGUGUUAAUGCCGAGAUUAAGCUCUGGGAAUUGCUUCAUCUUUUGGACCAGAUUCAUUACUACAAGACAAACUUUAACCGCAGACUUAUUGCUCUUCGAGAUAGGAAGAUUAAAAUUAUUAACGAGGUUCAAGAUUAUAUCAACCAAUUGAAGUACGUUCAAUCCAAGCUUGAUGGAUCACUUCACAGACCAUGUCCUGAUGUACCCAAGAUGAAACCUGAAGAAAUUCCAGAAAGAAAAAUGGAGUACACCAGAGAAACGUUGCUCGCGUUUAAGAUGAAGUUAAAUAAUAAAGUUGAUAUCAAAGCUGACGAGAGUUCAGGUGGAAAAUUUGGAGGUUUUGGUGUUUCUGAGCUGAAACCCCGGCAGUCGACUGCUGACAAUCGUGAUCGUACAUUCUCUAAUGUAUCUGUAUUGUCUGGUGGUCGGCCACGUUCCAAUUUAAGUACAAAGACUGAUGCUCCAACCACUAUAUCAGAAUUAACUGAAGAAUCUCUUUCACCGCUUGAAUUAGAAUUGAAGCAGCAGGAACAAAUUCGAAUGCAAUAUGAACAAGAUUAUCUUCUCAAAAAAAUACAAUGUCUUUUGACAAAUUUUGAUGGUGAAAUAAAAACAUUACGUCACGAAAAAAGUCAAUAUGACGUAGCUUUAAAGAAUGCCGAGCUUAGACAUGUAACUUUAUUUGAAGAACUCGUGUUACUAAAGGAGUUUGAAAAACGAGAAUAUACUUUGGCAACUCGAGUGAUCACAAAAACAGAUGAAAAGGAAGAAAUAGAAGACAAGGUUGAUGAUUGCCAAAUGAAACUGGAAGCGAAGAAAGAUGAGAUAGAAAAAAUUCAACUACGGGAAAAAUCGCUGUAUUCAACAUUUUCUUCCAAGUUGGGGGAGAGUAAUAAGUUUGAAAGUUUUUUGACUCAUGUGUUUAAGAAGAAAAUAAAAAGAGCGAAGAAACCAAACGAGACACGUGAUGGUUCUAAUGACGACAGUGAUGAAGAAGAUAGUGACGAAGAGUUUUCAUCAAGUGAAGAAAGUAAUUCUGAUGAAGAAGUAUUGGAUGAUAGCACCUGUCCACCAGGAUGUGAUCAGGCAUUGUUUGACAGCGUUUGUCAGCUCCGAGAAACACGUUUGGACGUUGAGGAACGUUUGAGCGAGGAAAAGAAGUUAUUUGAAGCCUUGAAGAAAGAACAUGAAGCAUUAUCUAGAAAAUGCAAAGUUGUUGCGUCUGCUCUUACAACAGCCACCUCAGAGUUGGAAGCUUUUCAGCGUGAAAAGCAACAGAAAUUGAAUGAAUUAGACGUUGUGGUAACGAUAAAAUUUCAUCAAAUACAAUACAUCAUUAAUAAAUCUUUACCGCAAGAUCUUUCAUCGUCUCUUGUCUUUGUCACCUCUGAUCAACGACGUUUACAAAAGAGAAUAAAAGAACUGGAGCUGGAGAAAGCGGAACAAAAAAGACUUUUCAGAGAAAAUCGUCAAAUGCAUGUCCAGUUGAAAAGAGAUAAAAAAGCACAAGAAAUCGAGAUUGGUCAACUUGAAGAAAAAGUGAAGAAUAUGCAAUUGUUAAAGUUUGGUCGUCUAGUGGAUUUGGAACGUCUUGAAAAUGUGACUGUAAACAGAACUGCUGAAGAAUUAAAAGAAAGAUUACGAAAGCAAGAGUUAAAGAACGCCAAUGAAUUGCUCAAAUGGGAGAGAACUAUUGAAGAACACAAACAAGAAUUAACGAGGAAAACACGUGAUAACACCUACAGAAUUAAUACUUCAAACAUGCUGUAUAAAGAAAGAGAAACGUUAGAAGGAAAACUUGACAGCAAACUAAAAUCUUUGGGAGCUGAGUACGGAGGUAAUAGAAAAACUGAUGUUACACAGCGUCGUAAUUUGGUACAUGUUGUUCAAGUUCAAGCUCACGAAAUUGAUGCUUUGAAAUAUGAAAUUAUGGUUUUGUCUCGCAAAGGUGGUCACAUUUUACCACCUUCUCAGCCACCAUUACCGUCAGUUCAAACAGCGAUACCAAACAUUUAGGCAUUCUGUACAACAAAAGAAUUUUAUUUCGCUUAAGUAAGGUAUUGUUGUCUUUUCAACGUUUCAUUUAUUAUUUUCGCUGUAUUUCGUUUAAAUUUGUAUGAACAAAACACGAUAUAAAUAUGUCGUUUUAACUUCACUUUUAAAGUAAAUUGGCAACCUUAUGAAUUUUGAAA